UCCUGUCAGACGCAGCGUUCCGUGCGCAGUAAUGAUGCGCAGUGUGUUAGCAUCACAAAAUGCAGUCUGAAUCAAAAACUUUGUUGACAACUCCAACAGAAAAGCCGAAUCAUUACUCAUAUUUGAAGGAGUUUCGUGUGGAACAGUGUCCAUUGUUUCUUCAACAUAAAUGUACCCAACACAGACCUUUCACUUGUUUUCAUUGGCAUUUUAUGAAUCAGCGGCGGAGGAGACCCGUUAGAAGACGAGAUGGAACUUUUAAUUAUAGUGCUGAUAAUUACUGCACGAAGUUUGAUGAAACGACAGGCCUACUACACUAUUGUCAGUUUUUACAUCGCACAGCAGGUGAUACGGAAAGACGCUAUCACCUGAGAUAUUACAAGACAUGUAUGUGCGUUCAUGAUACGGAUUCACGAGGAUUUUGUGUGAAAAACGGACCACAUUGCGCGUUUGCUCAUGGUAAUCAUGACCUAAGGCCCCCAGUGUACGAUAUUAAUGAGCUUAAGCUGCUAGAACAUCCUGAAUCAGAUCCAAGUGUCAUAAGUAAUGGACCAAAUGCACUGGAUAAGGAACGAAAUUUAAUGAAUGAAGACCCUAAGUGGCAAGAUACCAGUUAUGUUUUAGCAAAUUACAAGACCGAACUAUGCAAAAGACCUCCUCGACUCUGUAGACAAGGUUACGCAUGUCCCCAGUACCACAACAGUAGAGAUAAACGGCGCAGCCCAAGAAAAUUCAAGUACAGAUCGACACCUUGUCCGAGUGUCAAACACGGUGACGAAUGGGGUGAACCAAGCAAUUGCGACAACGGUGAUCAGUGUGCAUACUGUCAUACACGCACUGAGCAACAAUUUCACCCUGAGAUUUACAAGUCGACAAAAUGUAAUGAUGUUCAAACUGCCGGGUACUGCCCUCGUGGUGUCUUUUGUGCAUUUGCACAUGUUGAACAGGAAAUGAGUUUAGCGAGAGAUCUCGUCGCUCGUGUGGAUUCCGGGAUGAGUCUCGCAGACAUUUUAUCGUGUGCACUUCCUUCCGAAAAGUCAAGCAACGGUCACGAUUCUUGCAAGAGGGAUGAAAAGAGCAGCGAUUCCUCAAAUGGGAGUGGAGAGGUUUCAGAGUCUGCAUCCACAAGUAGUGCUGGGUCAAAUAGUUCCCACAGUAAAGCACCAGGAGCUCAGCUCGCACACCACAAAAUGGGAAUGUCGUCAAUUUUCUCAUCAACUCAGCAUGAAACAUUUCAAGAGACUAGUGCAAUGCAAAGCAAGCUAAUAGCAAUAGAGCGGGAUCCACUCCUUACACCAAUGGAAAAGGCAAAUAGGAAACAAAAUAUUUAUUUGAAUUAUAGCAUUAGCAAUUCUAUACCACUGCCAUCAGUGUCCCCACUGGCUACUCCAUUUUAUCCAGCAGCUGAUACUGUUGAAUCUGUUGUAGGUAAUGCAUUGGAGGACUUGACACUGGAUGAACCAUUUAGUUUAACAGCUUCCCUAGACAAAGACUUAGAAGCAGAGUCUCCACUGUCUAUAUCUGCAGGAUUAGCAAGUUCUGGUGUACUUGGCAGUUCAGCUCCAGUUAACAUCCCCGGCAGUACACUGAAUAACAGAAGCUCUCUAGGAAACUUCUCACCGUCUACUUCAUCUCCAUUGCAACAGCUUCAAUCAAGUUUUCUGUCUGCUGCAAGGUUUUCUCAUCAAGAUUCACUUGAUUCGGGGAGCUCAUUUUUAAAUCCACCCACAAUGACAUUGAGUAGUAGUGCAUCAAAAAUAAAUAGCUUCGGAUCCAGUAGUUUAUUCGAUUUCACAACGCACCAGAAUAUGUCACCGAGCAGUCGCGGAAACCUCUCGUCCUCGCUGAUCGGUAGCUUUCCUCUCAGUUCGUCGAUGGGCAACAGUAUAUCUAAUGAUGUGCAUAUGCAAAGGCUAUGUGAGGAGCUCGCUAGUAGUAGAUCCAAGUUGGCUUCCUGGGAUGAGAGAAUAGCACAGGCCCGUACUGCGUGUGAAGCUUGGCAGCGUGAAUCUGAAGAGUCUAAUAGGAAAGCGAGCAUUGCCGAACAACAGAGAGAUGAGGCACUAUCACAAGCAAAAGCACUUCAAAAGGAGGUUGAUCUUUUACAAGGAAGUCCGUAUUUGCAUGGUCUGAGGAGAGUAUCUGAACUGAAAACAUUGUCACUUGCAACUCUUAAGUCCUUAGAAGGACAGUUGAGAAGUGACUUGGAAGAAAUUGAGAAGGUUAUCUACUUGCAGACUGCUACUAAGUGUAUGGUUUGUGAAGAAGGAAAUCGUAGUAUAACUCUAAAACCAUGUAAUCACUUUGUGCUAUGUAGUAAUUGUGCUCUUACCCAAAAGGAAUGUCCGUACUGUCAGAUGCCUAUUAGCAAUACUCCUGUUUGAGUGAUAAAUAGAAUUAUUAGUUAUAAACACUUCAAGUACAGAUUAAGAACAUUUUAUAUCCAGAGAAAGCAAGAAGACAAAAUAAUUAUAUCCGAGUUUAAAAAGUAUGUAUGCUUUAUAAUAGUGUAUGGAUAGAAACAGCAGUAUAGAAGGUCUGAUACAAAAGUAUCUGGAAGUUACCUAAAUAAUAUAACCUACAAUUCAUACGGUGACUGUGUCUACGUAUUUUCCUACUACUGUGUGUUUAUUACUGUGUAUGUUGAUUGGUCGUUCAUUUGCUAUUGCAAGUACUCAUUGAAAUACAUGCUAUCUUGAUGUAUAAUGUGUAGUCCAUGCCACAGUUUCUACAACUUUCAAACUUUUUACCUCAUAGAAAAAUGACAAAAAACAGUUGUGACAUCUACUCUUAAAAGAUGGACAUGGAAACCAUUAAAAUUAUGUUUUAGUGAUAGUACAAUAUUAAGAAAUAAAAUAAGCAACAGUUGUGGCAAAAGCAUGUAUGGUUACUGUGUUAGAAGAAUCAUCAAAUAGACUGAAUUAGUAUUCAUGUACCCAGAAUUUGCAGAAAAUUUCCAAGUGCUUUUCAUCAGACCUUCCAUUUUAAUUUACAAAAAUAUAAUUUGCCUUUUAAAGUGCACAUGGACCAUAAUACUUAUACUGCUUAAUGAUUUAAGACUGAUUAAUUUUAACUAUUUGACUUGUGGAACCAGAUACAUUGUUGGACAGUGUUUCCACACUUUGAAGUACAAGCAAAAGGAAGUACAAAAAUUUUUAUUAAAAUUUAUAUGUGCUAAACUUUGUAUGAUAGAAGAAAGAAAAUAUGAAUGAAGAUCAGGUCUGAGGAGCAUGAUGUGCCUAGGAAGAAAGCAAUAGAUAAAAGAGAUGAUUAUACAAACAGUAACAUAAAAAUAUUAUAUUCCAUAUUGCCACUCAAAGCCUACAGAAAUGCACUGUAAAACAAAGUAAUCUUGAAGCUGUAUUUUUUUUAAUGACAGUUGUAUUUUCUUUUCAUACCUCCAAUAUGUUGUCGAAUAAAGUAAAAGAAAUUCUUUGGCUUGUUGUAUUAGAGAUAAAAUUUUCACAAGUCACAAGUUUGAACAUUAUACUGUCAUGUUGUCAGUUUUCUUUGUAUCAUAAAAUACUUCCUGAAAAAGGCAUAUGUGCAGUGCAGAUAGAUUUCAUUGGUGGUAGAGCUGAUAAACACUGAUUUUUAAGAAACCACAGUUUCUUUAUGCUAAAUUAACAAUCUAUAAAAGGAAUGCUGUAUGUGCGAAGUCCAGAGAAUUUUCACAGUAUUUGAACAUAUUUGUAAUGGUAAAUGUCUUACCACAUAUUUGUAACUAUAGCAAUAGAAGUUUAGGCCCAGUUCCUUGAUCUUUAUUUUUAUCAUAAGAUGGGUAUGGACACUGUUUUUACCUAUUGACAUUUGAGAAUAACAACCUAUUUUGUUAUGUGAAGAAAUAGCUGUUAAUAAAUUUCUUUAUGUUUUGGUGCAGUGUGGUUCCACUUCUGGUCCAGCAUUUAGCAUGGUUCCAUUUUAAUGUUUUAAGGAAAUCACUCCAUAUUUUAAUACCUCUUUUUUAUGUUUUACUACUGUUUUAGUGCCAAGCUGCUUCUAUCCUGAACUCAAAAGAUUUUUUAAAAAGAAAUUUACAUAUAUGAAUAAAUAUUUGAUAUGAUGGAUAUUAUACUUGUGGGGCACUUCUAUUUAUUUUACUUUAUAUUUUUUAUGGUAAACCUGUAUGUAUGACUGUGAAACCUCUAAACAAUGCAUAUGGGCCAGUAAUGAGUAAUUUUAUGCCGAAGAAAGACUGCACAGCAGGAUUAUAAGUUACUUUGUAAUGUAAUUACAUUUGAGCCAGUGGAGACUUCCUGAAAGGUUAUUAAAACAUAUUAUAAUGUUGUAUAGAUCUUUUUGUUAAAAGUGGAAAAAUGUUUCAGUAUUUUGUUGGUGUAUAGAAAUCAAAAGUAUGGCGCAAUUGUUUAGAUGCUGCAUAAUUCUAUGAAAUGUUUUAAUGUACCAGAAAACAUUUUUCAAUUUUAUAUUUGUAAACUAAUUGUAAGCAUGUGAAAUAAUGUUGCUAUAACUGACAGUAUUUGCACUAGGAUUUUUGUUCUCUUAAAGUAGUUUUUUAGUAUACCAUGCAUCAGUUCUGCAAUUAUAAACAGUGUACACAAACUACCAAAUGUUCAUACUCGUUCGGUGUGAUCUGUUUAGUUUUAGUAACAGUGAGCCUAAAGAUAUUUUCGCAUCCUUUGCUCGCAGCAUUAUAAAUUUUUACAUUUUUUUUCCACAUUCCUGAUUGUUUGGCUAAAUCUCUAAGCCCAAUAUAAAACAGUAAAACUGCAGAAGAAUGAUAGUUUUAUAUGCUCACAAUAGCACAAAUAUGCCAAACAAAAUUUCAGAUAGAAUCUCAGUCAACAUUUUUUCUUCAGUGAUGUUUUUUUACUGUAUGACAAGGAAGUGUAAUAAAAAUUGCAUGUCACUAUUGGUGUUCAAGCUGAUAUUCAGUAAAAAAUGAGGGGAAUCGGAAUGUAUGUGUUUAUGAUUCUGUUGUGAAGAAAUAAAGAUUUAAAUACA